GUGCGGAGGUGGCGUUGUGACCAUUGCGACGCCUCUUUCUCGGUCGGGCCAGGCGACGUCAUGGGCGCCUGCCCAUCGGCGCUCCGUUGCGCGGACCCGCGGCGGCUUUCUUGCGGUUUUCAUGUCACGAGGCCCUUCCUGAUGAUGGUCUUGCAGAAGUUCAUGGAGGUCCUGAACCUACGCACGGAUAGGCGAUUCCUGGGAAUCGUGAGCUUCGGCAGCGCAUGCGCCUCGGAUAUCCACGUGUAUUCUGGCCCCGCAGUGAAGGGCGACGUCGAUGGCGACGGCGCGCCCCGCUGGUCCCACCGCGCGCGGCCUAUCACGAAUGUCCGCGCGUGGACAUGCAUCGGUGCCCUCGAGAAACCCGCGGCAUUGGCGCCUGCUAGCCAUUCGACGGACGUGUACGAGGGGCGCCGGACAUUGCUGCAGUCGCUCUACCAGAGUAAGUUUCCAUCCUUGCGUUUUCGGGUGCACCCCAAGGCGCCUCGGGAGUGUUCUGCGGCGGCCGCGCAAGGGCCGGGCGCGAUCGUCACCGGCGAGCCCAUGCAUUGGUUCUUCGAGGUCAGGCGCCUCGCCACGUGCAUCGCCAAUGACGCCGAGAUUUUCCUGGCAGAGGCGGCGCUGGACCCUGUCAACAUGGAGCGCGUCUGGACUUUCCUUGCCCAGCCUUGUUGCGGAAAGGCAGCCACGUGGAAGCGCUUAUCUGGAUCGCAGACGCCCAGGGGCGCGCUGGCCCGAAUCGCUCGCCUUUGCGGUGCCCAGCUGGACAGCUCCGCCUCGCGCAGCAACUACCGCGCCGCCAAGGCCUCCAAAGCCGAGCUGACGCGCGUGCAGCGCUGGUACCGGCCAGGGCGCCGACAGCGGCGGUGGCGCACUGGCAUCGCGCGCGACCGGCGGCAGGCCGAGGUUGUCAAGGGCGCGCGCAGCGUCAUCGCGAAAAAGGUGCGCGACCACAUCCGCAGGAUGCGCCGCCGCGUCAAGGUCGAGGGCCCGAUGAACUGGCGGGAAGUUGCGCUCGCCGCGCGGCAGGCUGGCAUCCCCGUCCAAUCUGGAACUCUCCCAGUGGAGCGCCCGUGGUCUUGCCUCGAGGACAGAAUGCCUUCAGCAGCGCGGGGCGCGUCGCUCCGCUGGUUCCGCGUCCUGAGCAUGGUCAUGUUCCUCCGCUACAACUACGCGCACUUCAACAAGGACAACCUGCCGACGAUGGCAGAUCGCGACCAUCUGCUCGGCCAGCGCCUGGCGACGAUCGCCAUGCUCGCACGGGCUGCCAAUGAGCCCGACCAGGGCUUGUCGCAUCUACCGCCCUUUUUCGCCCCGUUCGGCUCGCGUU